GCCGUCCUUUUUCCUGUGACCUUGGGAACUCUAACCGGACAGGACCCAGGAGGCCUAGGAGGCCCAGGGCACUGUCUCUCCCCCACGCUGUUUUCUUUCAUCGCCCCUCCCCUGUCGCUUCUACCCCACCCUCUACUGCCCUAAACUGCUUCCUGGGCGGGAACUGUUAGGCUUUUUCCUGCCCCAGUUGGGGGGCGGUGACUGUCGCAGCCCCUGGCCUUCAGGGGCUAUGGAGCCCAGGAGGGCGGCGCCUGGGGAGCACGGCUGGGGGCCUCGCGUGGUCACGGGGGUGGAGACGGCCGCAGAGCUGGUAUACCAUCUGGCGGGGGCGCUGGGCACUGAGCUGAAGGAGCUGGCACGCCGCUACGGGCCGGAGGCGGCGGCGGGGCUCGUGCCUCUCGUGGUGCGGGCGCUAGAGCUCCUGGAAAAGGCUGCUGUGGGGCCUGCUCCUGACUCGCUGCAGGUGUCGGCGCAGCAGGCCCAACUGGAGCUGCAGCGGCUGCGGGAGGAGAACGAUCACCUCCGCAGAGAGCUGCGCUGCGGGCCCCAGGAGGAGCGCGCUCUGCUGCGGCAGCUCAAGGAAGUGACGGACCGACAGCGUGAUGAACUCCGGGCGCACAACCGUGACCUGCUGCAGCGCAGCCAGGAGACGGAGGCGUUGCAGGAGCAGCUGCAGCGCCUCCUGCUGGUGAACGCGGAGUUGCGGCACAAGUUGGCGGCCGUGCAAACCCAGCUGCGAUCCGCACGGGACCGCGAGCGCGAGCGGGAGCUGCGGUGGGAAGGGGCUGUGGAGCUGGCCCAAGAGCGGGCACGAAACCAGGCCGGUGGGCCUGGGUGUGAGCAGAGGCAGGAGCCUGAGCGGGCUGCUGACGGAGCAGGAGUCCAUGGGACCCCUGAGGACCCGCGUCCCUCCAACAUAGGGCAGUGUGGCUUCAGUCGAGAGGAGCUUGAGCAGAUCCUUCAGGAGCGGAAUGAGCUCAAAGCCAACGUGUUCCUGCUGAAGGAGGAGUUGGCCUACUUCCAGCGGGAGCUGCUCGCAGACCACAGGGUACCUGGACUUCUGCUGGAAGCCAUGAAGGUGGCUGUCAGGAAGCAGCGGAAGAAGAUCAAGGCCAAGAUGUUAGGGACCCCAGAGGAAGCAGAGAGCAGUGAUGAUGAGGACGGCUCAUGGCUCCUGCUCUCCAGCAAUAAGGGAGAUUACCCCCCACCCCCCGAGUCCAGAAUACAGAGUUUCUUUGGCCUGUGUUAUCGGGGUGAAGCAGAGGCCCCUGAAGCCAAGACCAGCAGCACAGCUCCCAGCAAGCCAAGGGGUGAAGAGGCCCCACAGAAACCUCAGUUGGAACCUCUGGACAGCUCCUGACUGGCCCUGCUCAGCUCUUAAUGAACAUCUUUGUCUGGGGGUCUCAGGUGCCCCAGAGGCCUGACCUUGGAGUCUGACUAUGGGUGGAUGUGUGACCUCAAAGGAGGACAGGGCUCCCUCCUUCCCAGCCCUCCCAGCCUCUUUCCCAGUCUUGGCCUGGGUCAGAACGGGACUGGAGGAUCAGCCUACCUUCCUCCCCUAUAUCUCAGAGCUAAGCCUCGGGGGUCAGGUAAAAGUGCUUCCUCUCUGAGUUUCAGUUUCCCCAUCCACGAAAUGGAGAGCUGACCACCUACCUCCCAGAGAUUUGUGCGGAUUGCCUAAGCUAAUGCAAUAAAGCACCUGCCAUGAU